AUGCAACUUAAUUUUGGUAUACUCGCGAGCUUCUUAGCAUUGGCCUCUACCGCUCAUACCGACAAAAAGAUCUAUUCACGUCAAAGCAAUGGCACGGAAUACAAGGUCGGAUACACCCCUUUGAAGACAGACUGGACAGAUAUAGUGGGAACCAAUCCAUGGCCUGAAUACCCACGACCACGCCUCCAACGGCCUGACUGGAAAAACCUCAAUGGUGUUUGGGGUUACAGAAAUACCACCAAUGGAUCAGACGCAUCGCCUCCGUUUGGACAGACACUUGAAAGUCCUGUUCUAGUCCCCUUCUGUCUCGAGAGUGCUCUUUCAGGUGUGACAGGUAAGGGUCGCAUGUGGAGUUGGUACCAGACCAUGUUCGAAGUGCCCACGUCUUGGCCCAGUGACAACAGUGUCAUUCUGAACUUUGGCGCUGUUGAUUAUGAAGCCACCAUCUUUGUCAAUAGCCAGAAAGCUGGUUUCCAUAGAGGUGGAUACUUUGAGUUUAGUGUAGAUGUGACACCGUAUUUGAACAUGAACGGGACGAAUGAGCUACUGGUAUAUUCCUUUGAUCCGACAGAUGUGGAUGAUGUUCAGAUACCAAUCGGAAAGCAAACCUUGAACCGAGGCGGAAUGAUCUGGUAUACGCCUUGCAGUGGCAUCUGGCAAACCGUCUGGCUUGAAUCAACACCGAAAGAGCACAUCUCCAAACUCGAUCUGACAGGAGACAUGAACGGCAAUGUGAAUGUAUUUGUGCAUAGUAGCGCCAACUCUACGAGCACUGCAUACGAGAUCACGGUUCAUGAACUGAACUCUAAUGACGCUAAGGCGACAGCGACGGGUACAAGUGGAUCCUCAUUUACGUUCACUGUUAACUCACCGGAGCUAUGGACUCCAAACAGCCCGGUCUUGUAUAACAUCACGGUUAAGAUGGGUAGUGAUACUGUCCAGAGCUACACUGGAUUUAGGACUGUUUCCCGAGGUGCCAUCAACGGUGUCCAGCGCCCGCUUCUAAACGGACAAUUCAUUUUUCCCUUUGGCACUCUGGAUCAAGGCUACUGGCCAGACGGAAUUUACACACCUCCAAGCGUAGAAGCCAUGGUGUACGAUCUCAAGGUACUGAAAAAUGUCGGCUACAACAUGGUACGUAAACAUAUCAAAGUAGAACCGGCGCUCUUCUACAGAGCUUGCGACGAGAUGGGAAUGUUGGUCAUUCAAGACAUGCCUUCGCUGCGACCAGACUUGCCAGACGGUGCAUGUGGCAGCAAGCGCUUAGCAGGCGAAGCCGCGCAAGCAGAGUUUGACCGGGAGCUGGGCUUGAUGGUCGAGCAGUUGAAGUCGUACCCUAGUAUAUUUGCUUGGACAAUCUACAACGAAGAAUGGGGCCAAGCUACUGAUGGCCCCCCGUGGCCCGAGUUCAAUUUGACGGAUAUGGUCCGGAAGAUUGAUCCUACUCGUCUAGUCAAUGCUGUCAGCGGCUGGACCGACCACAGAGCAGGUGACUUUGACGAUAAUCACCAUUACUCCACACCCCAAUGCGGAACGCCAUUCUGGUCUAACCAAGGUAGCGGCUAUGAUUCUGCCUACGAUAGCUCGCGCAUUGGCCUUCAAGGCGAGUUCGGUGGCAUUGGAACCCAACUUGUGGAAAAUAACUUUGACCACGCCUGGUACAAAGAGCUGAGUAGCCAAACUGCAUACGAACUCACCAAUGGGACCGGAUGGUGGAACUAUCGUUGUCACGACUUACUAGUGCAACUGCGCGAGCAAAUUGAUCUAUUCGCAUGCUCAGGAGGCGUUUGGACACAGACCACAGACGUGGAGGGGGAAGUCAACGGAAUGAUGACUUACGACAGGAAGAUUAUCCGCAUGAACGAGACAAUGUGGAAGCAAGAUAUACAGGCGCUUUAUGACGCUGCGGAGAGAAGGGCCAAUAACGCUACGAUGGUCAUCAGAGCUACAGAUAUGGAGGGGUUGCAGUACGGUAUGUCCUGA